GGACUGUGUUUUGUGGGCGACCAGCUCUUGCCAGGGCAUCGCACCUCCGAUCCCUCGGCACCCCUAGCCUGAUCUUGCAAGGAAGGCGCAUCACGCUUGAUUGCAGACAUGUCGUCCUUCCUGAAGACGGCCGCAAAGGCUCUUGAGCAGGAGCUGCAAGGCCUCAGGAGCCACCCUUCUCACAGCGACUCCACGGCAAGCCUGGGCGCCGCCACGAAGGCGGAGCGCAUCCCCAUGCUCACGCCCGACAUGGCCGACCCCGACAAGAAUGUGGAUGACCUGCUGGACUCCACCUUUGCCUCACGCUACACAUCCACCCCGCUCAGCAAGACUGCGUUCCCCAUCCACGGCGUCCCCGCCCACGUGGCCUACCAGCUGAUCAAGGACAUCCGCAAGCUGGACGCCACCCCCGCCCUCAACCUGGCCUCCUUCGUUACCACCUGGAUGGAGCCGGAGGCUGAGAAGCUGAUUCAUGACAGUCUCAACGUCAACUACGUCGACACGGACGAGUACCCCAGCAGCACGGAGAUCCACAACAGGUGUGUGACGAUGCUGGCCAAGCUGUGGCACUCCCCCUCGGUGCCGGAUGUGGGCCCCGUGGAUGCAGUGGGCACCGCCUGCAUCGGCAGCUCCGAGGCAAUCAUGCUGGGAGCCCUGAGCCUGAAGAAGAAGUGGCAGGAGGCGCGGGAGAAGGCGGGCAAGGACAUCAGCAAGCCCAACCUGGUCAUGGGCGCGCAGGUGCACGUGUGCUGGCAGAAGUUCUGCCGCUACUUUGAUGUCGAGGAGCGGUACGUGCCGGUGGCUGAGGGCCGCUAUGUGUCCACACCCGAGCUCAUGCGCCCGCUCAUCGACGAGAACACCAUCGGCAUUGCGUCGGUGUUUGGCAGCACCUACAAUGGCGAGUUUGAGGAUGUGGAGGCCAUUGACGCGCUGUGCACGGAGCUGAACGAGAAGAACGGCUGGGGGCUGGCCAUCCACAUUGAUGGCGCCUCGGGCGCCUUUGUGGCGCCCUUCAUCUACCCGGAGCUCAAGUGGGACUUCCGCCUGCCCAACGUCACCUCCAUCAACGCCUCGGGCCACAAGUACGGCCUCGUGUACCCAGGCCUGGGCUGGGUCAUCUGGCGCGACCCCAAGCACCUGCCCGAGAGCAUGGUGUUCUACGAAAAUUAUCUCGGAACUUUGGAGCGCUCGAUCACGCUCAACUUCUCCAAGCCCGCCACCAAUAUCAUCGCGCAGUACUACCAGUUCCUGCGCCUGGGCUAUGCCGGGUACCGCAAGAUCAUGACCAACCUGGACAUCAUCCGCAAGCGCCUCAUCAACGCCAUCAACAAGACGGGCCACUUUGAGGUGCUGUCCAAGGAGGUGGGGGUGCCUGUGGUGGCCUUCCGCCUCAAGAAGGUACUGGGCUCGGACGGCAAGGAGCAUCGCCGGCUGUACGACGAGUUUGCGCUGGCAGACCGCCUGCGCAUGCGUGGCUGGGUGCUGCCGGCCUACACUAUGCCCGACGACGCCGGCCACGUCAAGCUGAUGCGCGUGACCAUCAGGGAGGACUUCUCAAUCGGCAUGGCAGACAUGUUGGUGAAGGACAUUGAGGAUGCACUGGAAUACCUGGACAACCACUUCACCUUCAACAAGGAGGAGAUGGACAGCCUGGCCAAUUUGGCCCUCGGCCGCCGCCUGUCCCGGCUGGACACCAGCAUCCUGGCCGCCGCCGCCGACAUCUCCAAGCAGUCGGUGCGCCCCUGCUGAGCGGCAAGCCACGCCAAGCCACCACAACGGAGCGGGCUGAGUAGCUCGCGAUGUUGCCACCACCUUCAGUACUGUUGAUUAUUGAGCUGUUGAGUCCUAUUUGUGUUUUCCUUGACGGCCACCAGAGCGGCAUGCUGCGCCCGGCGAGCCUGCCGUGCCACUGCUCUGCCACCUGCCCUUGUCCCUAUGUCCCCUUGUCUUCAAAGCAGUGACACAGCUUUGACAAAGUUUAAAUUC